UAUGCCACCUAAUAAAGAGGAAAUUGAUUUGAAUUCCUUGCCUCCUCUAAAACAUCUAUGUAUAACUAUUAGAAUUGAAGCAGCCAAAUCAAGAACAAUCAAACUACUCAAUAUACUUAAAUCUUGAAAAUAAUUAUAAAAGAUUAUUCAAAGAGAUCAGAAUUAACAUCUGAACAUUUUAACUAUUUAUUCAAAAUCAAGCCCUUUCUGUUAUAAAAAACUAAGUAUUUGACUGCUUAAGUUUAAGUUGUGGAAAAAGUAGCUCCUCCAAAGAAUGAAGAUAAGAAAUAUAUAAAAAAUGUAGUAAAAGAAGCUGCAGAAGUUGUAUCAAUUGUUAAACCUAAAAUGGUUGCUACUGAAAAAGAUUUUCUUAAGAAUUUGAUUUAGUUUUUAAUGUUUAAGGUUUUUCUCAUGUACCUAAAGAAUAGAUAGAAUUAAUUAUAUAUGAGUUAUAAAUUGGGGUAGUAUUGAUAUCAAAUAAAUUGCAUAACCUGAAAAAUACUAAGAUGAUUUCGAAAGAAUGGAGGAAUUUGUUCCACCUCCACCUAUUAUGCGUCUAUACUCAGAGAAAUCAUUUAAUUAUAUUUCCUAUGAAAGAAAGGUUAAAGAUGAGAUUAAAUAAUCAAAAGGUUUAUCUUUGGCAGCUAAUCCAUAAAAUAAUUGA